GCGGCAAUGGCUCGCGAGAGGAAGCCGCUUGCCGUGGCCCUGGCCGUGGCGCUGCUCCUGGGUCUGUGCCGCGGCGACGUGGUGCAGUUCAUCUUCGGCGACUCGCUGUCCGACGUGGGUAACAACAACUACCUGACCAAGAGCCUGGCCCGCGCCGCGACGCCGUGGUACGGCAUCGACUUCGGGCGCGGCAUGCCCAACGGCAGGUUCUGCAACGGCCGCACCGUCGCCGACAUCGUGGGCGACAAGAUGGGCCUGCCGCGCGCCCCGGCGUUCCUGGACCCGUCGCUGGACGCGGACACCAUCUUCAAGAACGGCGUCAACUACGCCUCCGGCGGCGGCGGCAUCCUAAACGAGACGUCGUCCCUUUUUAUCCAGAGGUUCUCUCUGUACAAGCAGAUCGAGCUGUUCCAGGGCACGCAGGCGUUCAUGCGGGAGAAGAUCGGCGCGGCGGCGGCGGACAAGUUCUUCGGCGAGGGCUACUACGUGGUGGCGAUGGGCGCCAACGACUUCAUCAACAACUACCUCCUCCCCGUCUACUCCGACUCGUGGACCUACAACGGCGACACCUUCGUCCGGUACAUGGUGGACACCCUGGAGGCCCAGCUGCGGCUCCUCCACGCGCUGGGCGCCCGGCGGCUGACCUUCUUCGGCCUCGGCCCCAUGGGCUGCAUCCCGCUGCAGCGCUACCUGACCUCCUCCGGCGGCUGCCAGGAGUCGACCAACAAGCUGGCGCGGAGCUUCAACGCGCAGGCGGGCGCGCUGCUGGCGCGGCUGUCGUCGUCGCUGCCGAACGCGACGUUCCGGUUCGGCGACGCGUACGACUACUUCCAGGACAUCAUCGACCGGCCGUACAUGCACGGCUUCAACGACUCGCGGGCGCCGUGCUGCACGCUGGGGCGGAUCCGACCCACGCUCACCUGCACGCCGCUGUCGACGCUGUGCAAGGACCGGAGCAAGUACGUGUUCUGGGACGAGUACCACCCCACGGACAGGGCCAACGAGCUCAUCGCGCUCGAGACGCUCAGGAAGCUCAACAUCACCGUCGUCAACAACGCCACGUCCAGCUAGCGAUCGGGCGGGUGGACGACGACGGCGACGAGGAGGCGGCCAUUGGAUUCUGUGCGUGUGUUUUGUCUGUAACUGAAGUCAUUGCAAGGAACAGAUUACACAUAUGUGUAUGAAUGUAAUCAUACAGUAAACGAUUCUGUAUGCUUUCUCUCUGCUGGUCAAUUAUUUAAGAUUGUCCAGGUCAUAUAAAUGAACCUAGGUUCAUGCGAAGCUUGGAAGGAAGCUCCGAAGCUUUUGGUGGGCAGGUAGAGGAGUUGGCCUAACAA